AUGGAUCUGGCAUCUUUCAAAAAUCUGUUGGAGCGCCUUCAAAGCCCUGAUCAUGAUAUUCGAACUGAGGCUGAAAACACCCUUGGCGGUAUUCCCGCCACGGAUCGGCUCAGUCUUUUCCUUCAAUCCAUGACCGAUACUACCUUAGCACCUGUCCCACGGACUUUGGCCGCUGUUCUUUGUCGCCGUCUUUUAAUGGGAGACUGUGAGGAAGCUUUUGGUUCUCUUCCGGAAGAAACUAAGAAUGGAAUCAGGCAGCAGCUCCUUGUGUCGAUCGUUAACGAACCGGUGGAAUUGAUGCGUCGAAAAAUAGCUGACGUUGCAGCUGAACUGGUUCGAGAACAUUUCGGUGAUGACAAUGUUUGCCAAUGGACUGAAUUCCAGCCAUUUAUUUUUGAAUGUUUCAAGUCGUCUGAUCCGGGCCUUCGUGAAGUUGCUUGUCAUCUCUUUGCGAUCGUACCCGCCGUAUUCGGCCCUGACCCCACUCCUCUGAUGCCAGACAUUGGUCAUAUGCUCAACCAGGCUCUACAUGAUGCUUCUCCCAAUGUCCGUGAAGCCGGCUUCCGUGCUCUAUCUGCAUUUCUUGUGCAGAAUUCCACCGAAAACUCUAUCCAACACGCCCUUAAAGAUCUCGUCGAACCCGCUCUUAUGGCAGUUGCUGCUAACCUUGAAUCCGACUCCGAAGACGACACAAUGUUGAAAUGUCUGGCAGAAAUGGCCGAUGCAGCGCCUAAAUACCUCCGCCCCUUCCUCCUGCCUACACUGGAAUUGUGCUACAAGGUGCUUUGCAACAACGAUUUGGCUGAUCCAAUACGUCAUAUCGCCUUGGAGGUGAUAGUAACCCUAUCCGAGAAUAUUCCCUCCAGUGUACGCAAAGCUGGCAAGGAUAUGAUAAAACCGCUUGUCAGGACACUGUUGCAGAUGAUGACAGAGUUGGAGGAGGAUCUUGAUUGGGCUACCGCGGAUUCUCCAGAAGAGGAUGAGGAGGAUAGCAAUGCAAUUACCGCUGAAAUGGCUCUGGAUCGUUUCGCGUGCGCCAUGGGUUCUCAGGCCGUAUUGGAUGAGAUCACUCAAACUGUGCCAGUCAUGCUGCAAGAUCCUGAUUGGAAGAAGCGCCAUGCUGGUCUGAUGGCCGUCUCAGCUUGUGGUGAGGGAUGUCAUAAGCAAAUGGAGGGAAUGCUGGGCUCAAUCAUUCAGGCAGUCGUUCCGCGUAUGGCAGACCCGCAUCCACGUGUGCGCUAUGCAGCUUGCAAUGCGAUUGGUCAAAUGGCUGCUGAUUUUGGACCGAAACUGCAUAAGAAUUAUCAUUCGGCGAUUAUUCCCGCCAUUCUCCACGUUCUUGAUGAUGAAGUUCCCCGUGUACAGGCAAAUGCUGGUGCUGCACUUGUAAACUGCUGUGAAACAUCACACAAGGGUAUGCUAAUUCAGUAUCUGGAUGACCUCGUGAAGAAGUUGGAGGAGGUGAUGACGGCUAAGUUCCAGGAAAUGGUUGAAAAAGGGCACAAACUCGUUCUCUUGCAAACCGUCACUUCAAUUGCCGCUGUGGCUGACGCUGCUGGUGAGAAUUUCGCUCCGUACUACGAUCGCUUCAUGCCCGGUCUAAAGUACAUAAUGGAGAACGCAGUUCACCCAGAUUUGCGACUUCUACGCGGCAAAACAAUUGAAUGCAUCAGUUUGAUUGUGCUGGCAGUGGGGAAGGAAAAGUUCAUGCAAGAUGCCAGUUCAAUUAUGUCCCUCUUCAUGAAGACCCAGGUGGGCACUGCGGCAGAAGGAACUGGGGACGCUUCAGCAGAUGAGCAGUUUGAUGAUGAUGACCCGCAAGUAAACUAUAUCAUCACCGCGUGGGCGCGUAUCUGCAAACUCCUUGGUCGCUCUUUCGAACCCUUCCUCCCUAUGGUUAUGCCACAGGUUUUGAGGACAGCACGAAUGGCUCCCAAAGUUUGUGUUCUUGAUAACGAGGAAGCGGAGAGCUUUGAUCCCGAAUCUUGGCAGAUCCUAUCUAUCGGUGAGGAUCAAAACUGUGCCAUAAGAACUAGUAUUCUUGAAGACAAGGCGACUGCUUGCCAGAUGCUUGUGUGCUACGCUCGAGAGCUGAAAGAGAGCUUUGCACCCUACUGCGAAGACGUUCUCAACACUAUGCUGCCGAUGCUGAAUUUAUGUCUCAAUGAUGAGAUCCGUAGCGCGGCGUCCGAAAUAAUGCCCUAUUUGAUGGACAGUAUGAAAAAGACGCGGCCAGAUAUUGUGGCUAGUGCUUGGGAUAAGGUGUUCACCAAACUUAUGGAGGCCAUUUCCACAGAACCCGAGCGUGACUUGGUUGCUGACCAUUUGGAGGCUCUUGCAAGUUGUAUCGAGCGUCUUGGUGUCGGUUAUCUCAACUAUGAACGCAUGACUGAGAUCCAUCGGCUUCUCGACCGUUUCUUCCAUGAACAUUUCGAAAAGGACGAAGAACGAGCUGCCAAGCGACAGGACGAGGAUUACGAUGAACAGGAGGAGGAGAGGAUCCUAAACGAAAAGGACGAGGACGAGUAUGUUCUCUCCAAGAUGUGCGAAGUUAUGCGGGCAAUCUUUUCAACCUACAAGACAGACGCCCUUCCCCUUUUCCAGCAGCUCAUGGUUCACGUUGUGAAACUUCUCGAGCCCAAUCGUCCAUGGUCAGAUAUGCAGUGGGGUCUUUGCUUCUGCGCCGAUUUAAUUGAACACGCCGGCCCCCAGUCCUUUAGCAUGAAAGAUUUCUUCAUCCCGGCUUUCGCGAGGGCAAUCAUGCACCGGCAGAAUGACAUCAGACAGAUGGCUAUCUAUGGUAUUGGUGUGAUGGCCAUGUACGGCGGACCUGAUUACACUGCAACUUUGACAGAUUUCGUGCCACCGCUGAUGCAGAUCAUCGAAUCACCCGACUCUGCCAGCGAUGAAAACAAUUUGUGCCGAGAAAACGCGGUGUCCUCUAUGACAAAGAUAAUGAAGUACCGUACGGAGUGUCUGAUCCCGGCCGGGCUAACGGACCUGAAUGCGCUGAUUGUGCGUUGGCUCACGUGGCUGCCGAUUUGGGAAGACGGUGAGGAAACCGAUCACGUCUACGGAUACCUGUGUGAUCUCGUGGAAGCCAACAACUCAGCCGUUCUUGGUGGACCCACCAACACCAAUCUGCCGCGUAUUGUCGCUGCCAUCGCACGUGUCUUCUCGGAAAAGAGUCUCUUUCGCCCUGAUGAGGAGGAGGGAAGUGCUAGUGCUUCGGCCGCCAGUGGAGCCGGGGAUAAGCAGGUGAACGGCGCAAAAUCCACUCCUGGAACCCCUUCCGUCUACGAUCGCUGUGUUUCCAUCCUUCGGCUCAUUCAGGCUAAUUCGGUGGUCUAUGAAGCCUGUAUGGCACAGCUACCGGAAAAGGAAAAACAAGCUGUUAUUGAAUGUCUCAGUUAG